GGCCCCGAGCCGCCGCGCAGGCAGGGCCGCCUGGAGCCCGGCGCCGCCGUACUGGUGCGUAAGGCCAAGCGCGAGAAGGUGGAGACCAUGCUGCGUAACGACUCGUUAAGCUCCGACCAGUCCGAGUCCGUGAGGCCGUCGCCCCCGAAGCCACACCGCGCCAAGAGGAGCGGCAAGAAGCGGCAGAUGUCGGUGAGCAGCUCGGAGGAAGAGGGCGUGUCCACGCCGGAGUACACCAGCUGCGACGACGCCGAGCUGGAGAGCGAGAGCGUCAGCGAGAAAGGUGACUUGGAUUAUUACUGGUUGGAUCCUGCCACGUGGCACAGCCGGGAAACAUCACCUAUUAGUUCGCAUCCUGUAACGUGGCAGCCAUCUAAAGAGGGGGACAGAUUGAUUGGACGUGUUAUUCUUAACAAAAGAACAACCAUGCCCAAAGAAUCUGGUGCAUUGUUGGGUCUAAAAGUUGUUGGAGGAAAAAUGACUGAUCUAGGACGCCUUGGUGCUUUCAUCACCAAAGUAAAGAAGGGCAGCCUGGCAGAUGUGGUUGGACACCUCAGAGCAGGGGAUGAAGUUCUAGAAUGGAAUGGUAAACCCCUGCCGGGAGCUACAAAUGAAGAAGUUUACAACAUUAUUUUAGAAUCAAAAUCAGAACCUCAAGUUGAAAUUAUUGUUUCAAGGCCUAUUGGUGACAUUCCCCGGAUUCCUGAGAGUUCUCAUCCUCCAUUGGAGUCCAGUUCCAGUUCCUUUGAAUCUCAGAAGAUGGAAAGGCCUUCCAUUUCUGUUAUUUCCCCAACAAGUCCCGGAGCUCUGAAAGAUGCCCCACAAGUCUUACCAGGGCAACUUGCUGUGAAGCUGUGGUAUGAUAAAGUGGGACACCAGCUGAUUGUAAAUGUCCUGCAAGCAACAGAUCUACCCUGUAGAGUAGAUGGACGCCCCAGGAAUCCCUAUGUAAAAAUGUAUUUUCUCCCAGACAGAAGUGAUAAGAGUAAAAGGAGAACCAAGACAGUAAAGAAAGUACUAGAACCAAAAUGGAAUCAAACUUUUGUCUAUUCGCAUGUACAUCGUAGAGAUUUUAGAGAGCGAAUGUUAGAAAUAACUGUAUGGGAUCAACCAAGAGUGCAAGAAGAAGAGAGUGAAUUUCUUGGAGAGAUCCUCAUAGAGUUGGAGACAGCACUUUUGGAUGAUGAGCCCCAUUGGUAUAAACUUCAGACACAUGAUGAAUCUUCACUACCUCUGCCUCAUCCAUCACCUUUCAUGCCACGGCGACACAUUCAUGGAGAAAGCUCUAGCAAAAAGCUCCAAAGGUCUCAGCGGAUCAGUGACAGUGACAUCUCGGAUUACGAGGUCGAUGAUGGCAUUGGAGUAGUCCCCCCAGUGGGUUAUAGGUCUAACGCUAGAGAAAGUAAAUCCACCACAUUAACUGUGCCGGAACAGCAAAGAACAACACAUCACCGCUCUCGCUCAGUCUCUCCUCAUCGCGGUGACGAUCAGGGCCGGCCGCGUUCACGUUUACCAAAUGUGCCAUUACAGAGGAGCUUAGAUGAAAUUCAUCCAACAAGAAGGUCACGCUCUCCAACCAGACACCAUGAUGCCUCCCGAAGUCCACCUGAGCACAGACCCAGAGACGUGGAUAGUCAGUAUCUAGCAGAACAAGACAGUGAGCUUCUUAUGCUGCCCAGAGCAAAACGAGGACGAAGUGCAGAAUGCCUGCAUACUACCAGUGAACUACAGCCCUCCCUUGACAGGGCUCGGAGUGCUAGUACCAACUGCUUGAGACCAGAUACUAGUUUGCAUUCACCAGAACGAGAAAGGGGUAGAUGGUCCCCCUCCCUAGAUAGGAGACGACCUCCUAGCCCCAGGAUUCAAAUCCAGCAUGCAUCUCCGGAGAAUGACAGGCACUCCAGAAAGUCUGAAAGAUCUAGCAUCCAAAAACAGACUAGAAAAGGCACUACCUCUGAUGCAGAAAGGGUUCUCCCACCAUGUCUUUCUAGAAGGGGACACGCAGCCCCCAGAGCGACUGAUCAGCCAGUUAUUAGGGGCAAACCGCCCGCUCGCUCCAAGUCGAGCGAGCACUCUAGUGUCAGAACACUGUGUUCUCUGCACCACCUUGCCCCCGGAGGGUCGGCGCCACCUUCUCCGCUCCUGACAAGAACACACCGACAAGGAAGUCCAACGCAGUCGCCUCCGGCAGACACAGCCUUCAGCAGCCGCAGGGGCAGACAGCUCCCCCAGGUGCCAGUGCGGAGUGGCAGUAUAGAACAAGAACAAGAAAAAUAUAACUCUUCCACAAAAGCAAGCUUAGUAGUGGAGGAGCGAACAAGACAAAUGAAAAUGAAAGUGCAUCGAUUUAAGCAGACAACAGGGUCUGGUUCUAGUCAAGAACUUGAUCGCGAGCAAUAUUCCAAGUAUAACAUACAUAAAGAUCAGUACAGAAGCUGUGAUAACGUCUCUGCCAAAUCAUCAGAUAGCGAUGUCAGUGAUGUGUCUGCCAUUUCCCGAACCAGCAGUGCCUCUCGCCUCAGCAGCACAAGCUUUCUGUCUGAGCAGUCUGAGCUCCCCAGGGGUAGAAUCAGUUCAUUUACCCCUAAAAUGCAAGGCAGACGGAUGGGAAGUUCAGGAAGAGCCAUCAUGAAGAGCAGCAGCAUGAGUGGAGAGAUAUACACGCUGGAGCACAAUGACGGCAGCCAGUCUGACACUGCUGUGGGUACCGUUGGAGCAGGUGGAAAGAAACGGAGAUCCAGCCUGAGUGCCAAAGUGGUGGCCAUCGUGUCUCGAAGAAGUAGAAGCACAUCUCAGCUUAGCCAAACAGAGUCAGGCCACAAGAAGCUGAAGAGCACCAUCCAGAGGAGCACGGAGACUGGUAUGGCGGCCGAGAUGAGGAAGAUGGUGAGGCAGCCCAGCAGGGAGUCCACGGACGGCAGCGUCAACAGCUACAGCUCAGAGGGCAACUUAAUAUUUCCUGGAGUGCGUCUGGGAGCUGACAGUCAAUUCAGCGAUUUUCUUGAUGGACUAGGACCAGCUCAGCUUGUUGGCCGCCAAACCCUUGCCACCCCUGCGAUGGGUGACAUACAGAUUGGAAUGGAGGAUAAGAAGGGCCAGUUAGAAGUUGAAGUUAUCAGGGCACGAAGCUUGACGCAGAAACCUGGCUCCAAAUCAACCCCUGCUCCAUAUGUCAAAGUCUACCUUUUGGAAAACGGAGCCUGCAUAGCCAAGAAAAAGACAAGAAUUGCACGGAAAACCCUCGACCCUUUGUACCAGCAGUCCCUAGUGUUUGACGAAAGCCCACAGGGUAAAGUUCUCCAGGUGAUUGUCUGGGGAGACUAUGGCAGGAUGGACCACAAAUGCUUUAUGGGUGUGGCUCAAAUAUUGUUGGAAGAACUCGAUCUGUCCAGCAUGGUGAUUGGAUGGUACAAAUUGUUCCCCCCUUCGUCCCUGGUGGACCCCACGGUCACUCCCCUAACCCGCCGGGCUUCCCAAUCAUCUCUGGAAAGUUCAACUGGGCCUCCCUGCAUUCGAUCAUAGUGAACUCAAGCCAGAGUCAUUCCAACAAAACUCUACCUUUCAGGAUAGUAAUCUGAACCAGAUAUUUCACCAAAAGCAUUGUUGGGGACAGACAAUCAACUUGUGUUUUGCCUGUAGUAGUUUUUCAAUAAUAUGUCCUGAUUGUUGUUUCAAACAUGGCUUCAUAGGACAGAACAAGGCAAUGUAUCAAAUUACAGUGCAAAUCAAUGUGCUAGUGAGAGUCACUGAUGCUUGGAACAAACAGAAAGGGGAGACUUCAAGUUCACGCACACACACACACCCAAUUGAACCAACUGGAAACUCUCACUCUGUGAAAAGUAUUUUAUACAUUUCUGCACAGACCACAAGCAGUGUUAUUUCCCUGGUGUCUGCAAGUUUUCAUUGUUGUUGUUGUUGUUGUUCUUUUGUGUGUUUAUUUGUACGUUGUUUGGUUUUCCCUUGGGCUUUUGUUUUGCUUUGUUCUCACUGUGUUUGUUACUUCCACCUGUAUUUUGGCCAUACCCUAAUAGGCUUUAAGAUGCUAACAGAGACCCUUCCUUUCUUUUUCCAAAAGCACAGAAAAGGGCUGAAGCAGUCUCUGAACAUCUCCCCAGUGUCCAACAGCUGGACCAGGUGAGACCAGUGCAGGGUUUCACUGGUUUUCCCUCUAGGACUCUUCAAAGUCUUAUAUGUGGAGACCCAAAAGACAAAAAGUUAUCAUUCAAAAUAGAUAACCACAGAAUCACUUUUUAAGUGAAGAUCCUAUUUGUUUGCAUUCCUGAAAAUUAAUUUAUGUUUUCCAUUGUUUUUCAUGGAAAGCUGUUAAGUCAAUCUGCAACUAAUGCUGGAGACUAAAAACAUACUAAACACACAAUCAUACUUGGGGAAUACUCCUUGAAAUUCCUUUUUCUUCCUGAUAUCAGAAUAUGCUUAUGUGUACAAACCAUACUUUUGACCUCCCAAAAUGGUGACUAGGAAUGGAUUUGAGCCUAAGACACUUUGAGCUACCCCCCGGCGUCUCAGCCACACCUCAGUGUAGACGCUCCCAUCUGCCCUGGAAAGAGCAUGAUGUGGGCUGUUCAGUAUUCCACUGGAAAUUCCAGUUUAAAUAUUCUGCACUAAACUGAUGUUUUUAUUAAAUUUUAGUUUACAUUCUUUUGAGGUCAAUGCAAGCACAAAGCUUGAUUUUUUUAACGCAAAGUAUCUUACUUUUGGGGAAGAAAAUACAACAAAGUCAAAUUUCAGUUUGCAUUUUCUUCAUUUGAGUUUUUCUUGGCCUUGAGUUUUUCUUGUGACCUUCUGUAUAUGUGCUACAAACUGCACACUCAGCGGGUGCAUCCAUAUGUUCUCCCUCCUUUUAUGAGUCACUCAACUUUUGUGAUUACACAAAUAGAGCAGCAUGACUUGGAACUGUUCAAAGCUGCAUGCAUGUUUUAUAAAAAAAAAAGAAAAAGAAAAAGAAAACACAUUAUUUACUAAUGUAUGUUAGCUCCACAUAGGCCAGCUUGUAUGUUGCAUGUACUUGUACAGUUUGCUUGUUAAUUACUCUACUGAAAUAACCAAGAAAUCUAAGCCAUCCAUUUUUGUUAUAGACAUUUUUCAGGUUUUAGCCAGACUAUCGGUGGGUCUGGGGUGAAAUGUCUAUAGAUGGACUUUAUUUUUUACCCUCUGGAAAACGUGAUGUAGUAAUGGACCAAAUUCCUUCUACUAAAUAUUUUGGUGUAGAUUCCUACUGUGGGUCUGUAACACAUGUAGACACUGUGUACACACUAGGUUUUAACCCAUAGACAUACUGCCUGCACCGAGUGAAUUAUUUAUUAUUAUUUACACAUGCCAGAAUUAUCUGCCCAUCAUUCCACAGGGCACAGAUUGGCACUGCUCACCAUGCUGGGCAGGAAGAGCUGAAGCAUAGGUGCACUUCUACUAGAUUCCGUUCUGUCUUAGUGGCCAACAACCAACUGGUUAUAAUUGGGUAGUAUCUUUCUAUUUGGACCACUUGUCUUAACACUCCCCUGUGCUUUUAAAUGAACUUACAACUCAUGUAUGUAAACAUGUUUAAUAAAAUUUACUUUUCAUGUCAGUUGAUAGCCAUCUGUGUUCUAUGUUUUGCCAGAUUUCCAUUGUGGGUUCUUUGGUUGUAAUGUGGAGCCUGGUGGUGGGAAGGGGAGGUUGGGAUGUGCUGUCUGCUGUGGGCAUUGAACUUGACUUGUCACUGCACUAUCUAUGUCUUAAUCUAUGGCCUGAAAGGUCCUUCUGCAUCACAUACAAGUUUUCACUUUGUCAGCCUGUCUAAGUGAGCACAUGACUAUACUUCUGAAAAGUGGCAUUAUUAAAAAUAAUAAAUCUCAAUAAGAAUCAAAUGGAAGGGUGUUUUUCUGAUGCUGUUUGAAUGUGCUAAUAAAGGAGACAACUCUGUUGUCCAAUUGCCAAACCA